CAAAACAGCUGUCUUUGCAAUCUUUCCUCCGCCAACCACAUCCUUAUUUUCCUCUCAAUCCUUCACCACCCAGCGCCCCUCUCCAUUCUCAGGAAAAAAAUGGCGGCAUGGGGAAACCUGAAGAACAUCUUCGAGAAACCAGCAACAGACUCCCAUUCUCCAUGUGCACAAAACCUUCCUUCAACAUCCUCUAACUCCUCCUACGAUAUCUUCCGCGAACUCUGCCAUUCUUCCUCCUCCUCCUCUCCUCCCAUUCUCCAAUCCAUCACCACAUCGCCGGAACCCCAUAGCGGAGCCGCCGUCGAGAUAUUCGGCGAGCUCUGCUACGCCGAAAAAUCCGAUUUUUAUCCCUGCAGCGAUGCGGAGACAGAGAAAAGAAGCAGUUGUGAGAAGGUGGGAGAGUGCGUGAGAAGCUAUUCCGAUGUCAGGCCGAGAAUAGCUGGAUUUCCGCCGCCGAUAUCGACCAUAGGGAGCGGGGGGAAGCCGAGAGUGUAUUUCAAAUCGAUUAGAAAAGAUGGGAGAUUUGUUUUGAGGGAAAUAAGGAUUCCGAAGCAGAGAUUGUUGCAGACGAGGAGGGAAGAUGGGAGGUUGAAGAUGAGAGUUUUGCGGCCGAGAGAGGAGGAGGAGGAGGAGGAGAUGAGGGGUGGAGGAGAAGAAGGAUGAGUUGUUGGU